CUCAAGCAGUUGCAUGAAGAAAACCAGUAUGAUGAACAAGGUUCCUGCAUUUGAGACCCUAAGAAGUUACCUGCAUGGUCUCUCAAGGUCUCAAGAUGGCCCAGCAGCAGAUGAUCAACUCUCCCUUCCUCAAGCCCUUCUUCCUGAAGCCCCCGAUGUGCCACCCGAGUCACAGCCGCCAGCGCAGACACACCCUCCCCGCCAGUGAAUUCAGGAACCUCACUCCUCAGGACGCCAUCAGUGUCUUCGAGAUCGAGAGGGAAGCCUUCGUGUCGGUUUCGGGGGAGUGCCCCCUCACGCUGAAGGAGGUCUUGAACUUCCUGGGUCAGUGUCCUCAGCUGUCCCUGGGAUGGUUUGAGGAGGGGCAGCUCGUCGCCUUCAUCAUUGGCUCCGGCUGGGACAAGGAGAGGCUUUUGCAGGAUGCCAUGACAACCCAUAUUCCUGAAACUCCCACAGUCCACAUCCACGUGCUGUCGGUGCACCGACACUGCCGUCAGCAGGGCAAGGGCUCAGUCCUCCUGUGGCGCUACCUGCAGUACCUGCGCUGCCUGCCUGGCCUGCGCCGUGCCCUGCUCAUCUGCGAGGAGUUUCUGGUGCCAUUCUACCGCAAGGCUGGCUUCAAGGAGAAAGGCCCCUCUGCCAUCACUGUUGCCCAGAUGAGUUUCACCGAGAUGGAGUACGUGCUGGGGGGAGCAGCCUUUGAGCGCAGGAACAGCGGCUGCUAGGAAAGAGGAGAGACCUGGACUCUAAACAAAUGCAUAGCCCGCUUGCAGGCAUUCAAGGGAAACAUGCAUUGUUUUAUAAGCUGUAAAUGGAGGUAUUUGCAUCUCUUGGCUAACUUCUUAUAUUCUCAGCGAUUUUAGGUCAUAUUGUCAACCAUAAUCCACAACCUAAAACCAUGUUUCUAGCAGGUCAUACUGGCGAAAGGGUUUUGCAAUCACAGCAUUCCAUUCUAUAUAUGGCAAUUGGAUGUGCCAAUUCAGAGAAUUCUUAAAAAAGAACAGCAAUGCUCAUAUAGAAUAAAGAAUGUUUAGAAUGAUUGAUCUUUCAAUGUUGCCCAUUGACAAAACUCUUAGAUGCCUGUAACAGGGUCUGCCCAAUGCAUUCAUUAUUUUAGAAUUUUUUUUAAUGGUUUUUGUGGGUCUAGUUGGGGAGAGCAAUCCAGUCCUCAAACCAAAGAAAACUGCAGGGCAACUGCAGCACAAGUGCAAUAAGUUGUAGCAAUGUACCCAUUUUAUAUCAAACUGUACAUUAUAUGACUAGUGCUUACUCCCCAUAAUGUUGCUGAAUGAAAGACAGAAUGGGAUGUGGACUUUAAUGGAUGAACUGAUUGAAUGCGACGUUGAUAUGUGAAAAGCAGCUUGUAUAUACUUCCUUUCAUUUCUACAUGUUUUGCUAUAUUUACACUUGCAUUGGUUAAUAAGUAAAAGUUGAUAAAGCUAGAGUUGUCUGCAACCUUAUUAUCCUCUCCUUUGGCAUUGCACAGUUAUAAAUAGAAAGCUAACACAGGCACACAUGUUCUUCAAGGAUAUUUUUCUGGUGAAUUCACAAACGUUGGUUAACAGAGCCUAAG